AUGGAAUUGACCAAAAUGUCGGACAUGACAAAGCUCCACCAAGCUGUGGCUGCAGGAGACUACAGUUUAGUGAGAAAGAUUUUGAAAAAAGGUCUCUGUGACCCAAACUACAAGGAUGUGGACUGGAAUGACCGAACCCCACUUCACUGGGCUGCAAUCAAAGGGCACAUGGAGGUGAUGCAGCUCCUUCUAGAAUAUGGAGCCAGGCCCUGCCUGGUAACUGAUGUGGGCUGGACUCCCGCUCAUUUUGCAGCCGAGUCAGGCCAUGUGAAUGUGCUCAAGGUUCUCCAUGCAUUGCACGCCGCCAUCGAUGCCCCCGACUUCUUUGGAGACACACCAAAGAGGAUCGCACAGAUCUACGGGCAGACCGCCUGUGUGGCGUUCCUGGAUAAGGCUGAGCCCGAGUGCCGGGACCACCGGCGCACCGCCAGGCAGAAGGGGCUGCCUCUGGACCAGCAGGACGAAGACUGGGAUGCCAAGAAAAGGGAGCUGGAGCUGUCUCUCCCUUCCUCGAAUCAAAACACUAAUAAGAAAAAGAAUAAGACAAUCCGAGGCCCCACCAGGCCGGGCCAUCCGAAGGAGAGAAGAGCGUGA